UUUCCCACAAACCCCUGUGCGCUGUGCCAUUGGUGGUGGCACAGGUGACCGCAGACGCUCAGAGUUGUGACAACAUCUCGACGGUCAAAACGAAAACAAAUUAGCCUCCGAAGUGUCAGGUUGUACACGUUCUAGCAGUCUGUGUAAAUACACAGAAACUUGAAACGAAGUGUUUUUCUCCUUUUAAACGCGACUCUUUCUUCUGAUAGUUCCUGGUAGGUUUGGUAUUACCAGAGCGCGCGAGAGAAGUGGGCACGCACUUUUCCUGAACCUGACUACUUCGUUCUGUCUGACCUUCAGAUCGGAUUGCCAUCCACUUUCUCCAGCAUCCAGACAUGUAGUCAGCAGCAUAAGCAGAACGUAUUCCUCCUUGUGAACUCUUUUUCCUCUAACAGUUUCCUCUACCUCUCGGGCUGGACUGUGGUGCAUUGACGUCGGCUCGCCCUCCCCUGCCCCCUCGCCCCCCAGCAAUGGCCUCACGCAUCGGCCUGCGGAUGCAGCUGAUGCGAGACCAGCUGCAGCAAGAGGAGCAGCGUGAGAGGCAGCAGCUACAGCAGCAGCAGCAGAAUGCAGCCCUGCAAUACAUGCAGCAUCGUAUGGCUGGGCCACCUGCACCCACCCCAGCCAUUAGCACCCCACAGCAUUACCAAAGUAUGCAGGUCCCCGUGGAGGUUCUUAAGGUACAGACCCACCUCGAGAAUCCUACAGAUUACCACAUCCGUCAGUCUCUGAAGCAACAGGUGAAAGAAUACCUGUCCACCACCUAUGCCACCAAACAGACGGUCCAUGCAGUAGCAGGGCCCUCUCCUCCCACAAACAUGGGACCUACCAUGGGACCUACAGGGGGUUCAGCGUCUGCGCCCCCACCCCUCCACUCCCCACACAUGCGCACCGAGCAGCUCAUGUCUGGAAACAGUGCUCCCAACAGCCCCAUGGCCAUGCUCAACAUUGGCUCCAGCCACGAGAAAGAGAUGGAUGAGGUCAUUGAUGACAUCAUCAGCAUGCAGUCCAAUUACGAUGAUAUUCAGGCAUACAUCGACCCUGUCCAGAUGCCAAACACACUCCCCCUGUCUAGCAGUCACCUGGAUGUGUAUACAGGUCCUGGGAUGAAGGGACCAGCCAUUGCUAUGACCAGUAACUCCUGUCCUGCCAACCUGACCAUCAAACGAGAACUGUCAGAUGCAGAAGCCCGUGCGCUGGCCAAGGAGAGACAGAAGAAAGACAACCACAAUCUGAUUGAAAGGAGGAGGAGAUUCAACAUCAAUGAUCGUAUCAAAGAACUGGGCACCAUGAUCCCCAAAACCAAUGACCUUGUGCAUAGUGAUGUGCGCUGGAACAAAGGCACUAUAUUGCGGGCGUCGGUAGAGUACAUCAAACGCAUGCAGAAGGAUGUUCAGAGGACCAGAGAGGUGGAGAACAACUUCAAAAGGAUGGAGAUGGCCAACAAACAGCUGUUGCUACGUAUCCAGGAGUUGGAGAUGCAGGCUCGUCUGCAUGGCCUGCCCAGCAACUCUCCCUCUGGCCUGAACCCGACUGACCUGAUGGCUUCAUAUGUAAAACAAGAGACCAGCCCAGAGGAGAACCUCGCUCACCCCCAGGCACAAGCCCACCACCAGCACCAACACCAGCACCAACACCAGCACCAGCACCAGCACUUACCCCAGAACCAGGCUCAGCCCCAGGCCCAGCAGCACCAAUUCCUUCCGCAGACCCACCUCCACCACCAGGGCCAGGCUCAGCCUCAGCCUCAGCCCAGGCAGCUGCCAACGCUCCCCCAACACCUGCAGCCCCAGCCACCCAUCCAGUUCCCAUCUGUAGGCAGCUCCCAGCCCUUUGACUUUGCCCAGUCACUGGAAUUGUGUGAUGGGAUACCCGGCUUCUCAGACGGUAUGUCGGGGCUGGGUGACCUGGGCGGACUGGACGUCCAGGGGAGGAGAGGUGAGCUGGCUUUUCUGAUGAUGGACGAGCCCUUGUCCCCUAUGGGCGGAGACCCGCUGCUCUCUGCGAUGUCCCCUGAAGCCUCGGUCGACUCCAGCCGCAGAUCCAGCUUCAGCAUAGAGGAUGGAGACAUACUGUAGACACAUGCAUACGCACGCACAUUCACUCACACAAACACAUGCACAGAGAGGUUGCAGUAAAAAUGUAAAACAGCAUAAAAAGUGACGGCACAACACAUUUACAGCACAUACAACAGAAAGGAAUCAGCCACCAGACAUGACAUCAUUCACCCAGCACACACACAUACUAUACACAUCACACAAUUUGACACCGACGACACUCAUUUGUGGUACAAUUAUCUCCCCUUAACGUGACGAGCAAAAGAAGGUACACAUCACUCACACAGUAGAAAAUAUUCUGUAUAGUGCAAACGUUUACGCACACACACAAGCAUGUGAGAUAAACUGAGCAGCUUGAAACUUUGCCCAUCAGACUGAGCAUUUAUAAGGGGUGAACCAACGCUGCCAGGUCAGGAGUUAUAUAGCACACUUGGCCUUGCUUCCAUAAAGGUGGCUCUGAAUCAUAAUUGGAACAGGGGACAAAACCAGCAGUUAAUUAGAUUGAAGUUAUCAGAUACAAGGACAACCGAGUGCAUUGUCUCACUUGAUAGAGGACAAGUUAUUUUCUCCUUACAUCAACCUCUUUUAGCAACCAUAAAUGAUUGAAUGAACGAUAGUAGAUAAAAUGGAAAUAGCUUUAUGGUCCUGCAUGCAUAAUUUAUCUUAAGGGGAUGCAGUCCAGUCACAUUGUUCUGUUCCUCAGUCUGUUAUUCCACACUUGCCUCUAGCACUAGCUGUGUGGUAUUUGAAAAAGAUCUGUGUUAGCCUGCUAAGCUGACGUGUAUUCUUAAAGUGUCCACAUUUUAGGAAACAUUUUAAAACUCACUGGAUGGACAAUUUACUGUUGGAGGCAGAAGCCCUUUUAAUUUAUUGCACCUUCCCCACUUCUAGCUGUAACUGUUGUCUUCUCACAAACACAUACACAUGCACACACACUGCUGUGCCCCAGUCCCUACACCUUUUUAACACUUGACACUGUCAUGACCUUUUUCCCUGAAGAAGACACUGUAAGGUGUUGACUGUGGUGAGAGAGUAGAGAAAACCAUUUGAUAGUCUUCAAAAAACGGUGUGUCGUCCAAAUCCGUGAGGUGUCAAAAUACUCAGGUACUGUAACAGAAUACACGAGCAGGAUCAUUUUUAAGUAGAAGCAGAUGUUAACCUGAACUGUGUCAGGCUCAUAACCCCCAUAAAUGUGCCUUUUGAUUUUUGCAGCUGCUGCUCUUCAAAGGCAUGUUUUUAUAGGUCAGAGGUCAUGACCAGGGUUUGGACGUAAUACCAACUUCAAUUAUGCCUGUAAAUGCUUUAAAGUUUGCUUCUGCACCAACUAUACCUUUGUUGUUGCAGGAGAUAAACAUUUCAUUUUUCUCUCACUAACUGACUUUGUAGGGCCCGGCUUGUACUAGAGGCCCAGGUGAAGGAAGGAUAUAGUGACAUGUUUUAAUACUGAAGAGAGAAAGAGAUAGUUUGUCUCAGCUGACAGCAGAAGUAGUGUAAUCUUCACUGUAAAAGCACAGCAUUAGCACACACUUGCAUGUAUUCACGCUCUCACUCGGUUCACAAACAGGCAUGCAUUAAACGCGCAGGUGCUCACCUAGAACACACAUGUGCAGAAUAGUGCUCACAUAUAUACAAUACAUACAGUGCAGCCUCGAGUCGAGUGAAGCUACCAGCUGCCGAGGUAGAACUCAGGUCUGCUGUUCAAACUGCCACCUACUGUAAAGGGAAUCUGUUAUCCCACUGGCUACAGUUGUCACAGUGAUGGUUGGGGCAGGCUGAGGUGGGCCUGAGUCGUAUCUCUGCUGUGGUAGAUCUGGGGCUUGGCUUUGAUUUGAUAUAGCUUAUGAUCAGUACUGAUAAAGGUAGAAAAAAAAACUUUGAUGGUGAUUUUUUUUUUUCUUUGAUUAAAAGAAGUGGUUGUUUUCUUUACUAUAUAGUUUGUUGUUUAUUUUAACUCCCAAAGCACUGGAAACUAUAUUAUUGUUUUGACUUUGUACAUGGAAGAAUUAUGGAAUAAGAUUUAUUUCAGAUGUUAUGCCACUAAGCCACUUAAAUGUAUUUUAUUUGUAUUUCUUGUUUUAGUUCUGUUUCAAUUUUAUUCCAAAACUACCCUUUCUUCUCAGAGCCAUUUUCAGUAAGCACACUAUUAAGGCAUCUAAGCCACCAAUGUUCUAUUGGGGAAGGAGUGGGGAGCCGUUUAUGAACUUCCAGAUUUCAGCUGACUUAAGAGAGAUGAAGAGAUUAUGUAAAUUUUUGAUGCCAUUUUUAUAUGAUUGGGAUUUUAUUUUUCUCUUUGUUUUAACAUUUAAAUUUGGAGCCAGACAUAGAUGAAAGGUGAUUCUUUGAUUUGAUUGAAUUCAAAUUGCUCAUUUUAUGAAUGUAAGCUUUACCAGUGGUUCUGGUCAGACUGAAGCAGGUCGAUCUUUUCGCCAUGCCUCCUCCCUCCCUGACUUUGGUUUCCAUGGAGACUGGAAGACAACUGACUUCACAUAAACUCUGAGCCGAGGAGUUGUGGUUGCCAUGGCGUCGUAGCACUGACUCUGCAUUUGUCUCUGUCUGUCUGCCAGUGUUGUGCCUUUUCCCUAUCAGCCACAGUUUGACUGUUGUACUGUCACUCCAAAGAGCUGCUCAGGCCUCCUCUACUCUUCCACUAGAGGGCGCUCUGCAGAGCAAACUACACAGGGAAAAGUGGUUCUGAUUUUACUGAGAAUAUAAAAUGUUUUACCAGAAUCCA